UCCCCCCCUCAGGGACGGAGGCGUCGUUGCGCGGCCAUGGCAGCCCAGGAGGAGUUCUUUGCGGGCAUUCCCAGGAUCCCGUACCUACCCAGUGCUGGGCCCGGAGAUGUCAUGUGUUUCAGACACUACAACGCAGAGGAGGUGCUGAUGGGGAGGACGAUGGAGGACUGGCUGAGGUUCUCAGUCUGCUACUGGCACUCCUUCUGCGGAACUGGUACCGUAACAGCUGACCCAACACUCACACCAAUCACCAGUCAUCACGCCGUCUGUGGGGCUGAUCCUUUUGGGUUUCCGACGCUCCACCGGCCCUGGAAUGCAGGGACUCCUAUGGAGUCAGCCAAGAGGCGACUCUGUGCUGCUUUUGAGUUUUUCACCAAGCUUGGGGUUAAAUACUACACAUUUCAUGACAGAGACAUGGCCCCUGAGGGCUCCACGCUGAAGGAGUCCAACGUGAAUCUGGAUGAAAUAACCGACCUGGCCCUCCAGCUGCAGAGCCAGACUGGAGUCAAGGUGCUCUGGGUCACCUGCAACCUCUUUUCCCACCCAAGGUAUAUGAAUGGUGCAGCCACCAACCCUGACUGUCAUGUUCUGGCCUACGCUGGUGCUCAGGUCAAGAAGGGGCUGGAUAUUGCCAAGAAGUUGGGUGCAGAAAAUUUUGUGUUUUGGGGAGGAAGAGAAGGUUUUCUUUCCAUCCAUAAUACGGAUGUUGCUGCCGAACUGAAGCACAUGGCCAGCUUCUUCAACAUGGCUGUUAGUAAGUGUUGCCGUGACUGUAGAGCUGAUUCUAAAUCUGGGUGUCGGUCAGUCGGUGUUGUGCGUUGUGUCACGGUUACAGUAUGUUUGUCACCAGAGUACAAAGAGAAGAUCGGGUUAAAGUGUCAGUUUCUAAUUGAACCAAAGCCUAAGGAGCCCUGCAAACACCAGUAUGAUUAUGAUGCUAUGAGUGUUAUAGGAUUCCUUAAGCAUUAUGGUCUGGAGAGUCACUUUAAGUUGAACAUUGAGCCCAACCACACCACCCUGGCAGGACACUCCUACGAACAUGAUAUUGUCAUGGCCUCUGCGUUUGGCAUGCUGGGCUCGGUUGACUCAAACACUGGCUCUCCUGACCUGGGGUGGGACACAGAUCAGUUCCCCAUGGACAUCAGGAACACCACCUUGGUCAUGAAGACCAUCAUUGAACAAGGUGGUCUGCAGCCAGGAGGCCUGAACUUUGAUGCUAAGGUGCGCAGAGAGUCCACAGACCUGGAAGACCUGUUCAUAGCUCACAUCGGAGCCAUGGACGCCUUUGCAAGAGGACUCAGGAAUGCUGUACGCAUCAUUGAGGACGGGAUUAUCACUGGCAUGGUGAAGGAGCGAUACUCAAGCUUCAGUCAUGGCUUUGGACAGAAAGUGGAGGAUGGUUCUGCCACUUUAGAGGAGAUGGAGGCUUUCGUCAGCCAGAAUGGUGAACCCACAGUCACAUCAGGGAAGCAAGAAAAAUAUGAAUCCAUCUUUAAUCACUACAUAUAGUCAAAACGUUACCUUCCCCGAGUCUACAAAUGAUGACCUUCAAAAGGAGCUGGUGAUGAAACACUGGUGAGCAGAUCAAACACAGUGUUAAAAUGUAGAGCUCUUUAUUAAUCCCACUGGGAUUAAUAAUUUCUGCACUGCAUGACUGCAGUCGUUCGCUAACUAAAACGGUAUAAAUACUGAUGCUGAUCACUGCAAGUAAAGAGCUGAAAUGUUUAAGUAUCAGGCAGAGUAAGUAAUGGACUAAUCCAGUGUAACAUUUUUGAAAUGUAUCACUAUUUAUCACUAGUGCUAUAAAAAUGUCACCUGGCAUUUGAUGUAACAAGGUUAUCUUCAUAUCAGAGGAUGACCGAUAUGGAAACAUAACUGUGUAAUAAAACACAUUUUCACAAUGAA